AUGUCGCUGCAGCCGGCACCGUCGUCACACGGUUUGGUGCACGCAGUGAGCCUUCCAGCGUACUUUGCGGACGGAUUCCGGCUGGUCACCGCUUCCUCGCCGUUCGCCUCACGGCACCACACCGGAGACAAAGACCCGUGCACGGCUGCAGCGGGGAGCACCGCGCCGCAGCUUUGCAGUGGGUUUUUUGGGUAUACAGCUGGAGGGAAGCGUCGCCGGUCGUCGAUGAGUUGCACGAGCACCCAGGCCAUUACCCCAAGCAGCGAGUUCCACGGGGAGACUGUUGAAGCGAAUCACGUGGAAGAAGCGGUGGAUGACACUUUCUCGCCUGCGCAUACCGCGGAGGGGAGUCUCCUGCUUGUGCCCACCGCCACCUCGCUUACUCGCUUAGGACCGAGUGGCUCAUGGCUGAACUCGCCUCCGCCUAAUGCGCCGGAGGAGGGUAGCAACGCUGCAGUUGAAGCACAGCCACGCAUCUCCCCGCAUUCAGACGGGGGAAGCAAAAAGGCAAACAUGGCUGAACUUGCCUCAUUGCUCCAUCCCGCUCUGCUGGAGUGCUACCGGGCUGAGGAUGAGCAGCUGCAACGGAGGCGAGAAGAGGCGACGAGGGAAGAGGGGACACGUCUUUGUGCAACAGUCUCGACGACGGAAGAAAGGUUGGGACGAGCUGUGCCACGGUCCUGCCACGCCUCAUCGCCCGCGUCGCCUGGCGUCUUUGAAAGGACGCUGGUCCACAUUGAGGCGCAGAAGCGUCGGCGGCGAGAGCAGUCUGAGCGACUGGAGGCCCAGGUGAGAGAAAUCGCACGGGUAAAGGAGUUGCCGAUUCUUGUGGAGGACGCCGUGCGGUAUGCACAGCAGCUUGUUGAAUGGAGCGGCAAGGGCGGCGGCAGCAGCAACAUGCGCGUCUGCCACACAGAAGCAGGCACAGUGCACCCUGAUGAAGCAACCGUAGACAAUAAUCGCCUACCUGCCGUCACGACGCCAUUGUGUGCAGCAAGUGAUAGCAGGGAGGCCAGUCAAAUGUUAUAUGCCAAGUUUCCACCGCCGCUGUUUCACACCUCGUCCUUUGCAGCCGGCGUAGGACGUCUCUUGCGGUGGGUACGGACGUGGCAGCGUGCAAUGCCGCGAGGGGCCGCUGCGGCCGAGUCUCCCCACACCAAGAAAGGUGAAGAUAAGAAGCAAUGCGACGGGAAACCAAAGGGGGUAGGAGCGAACAAGAUGACCAAGAAGGCCGUGUUGAAGUCGUGUGCAGCAUCGUGUCCACAGCAAGGAAGGCAACGUCGUGGACAAUUGGAGACAGGCAGAAGCGGCAUUUUACUCAAUGAGGAGGUGAGUGAAGGGGAAAACGAUAAUGACCGCGCAUCCAUGGCUGUGAACAGGAAGAACGACGAUGUGCCUACGCAGAAACGUACGGCGCUUCAACGAUACCAUGACGAUUGGAUGCGUAUGGCAGACAGGAUGCUCGGUGGCAGAAAUGGGCACAUCGUGUUAACCCCUGUCAGUGGUGGAUCUCCGCUUGAGCCACGCGAGGAGACCGAGUAUGGCCUGGCUAGUGACCGUAUCAUGUACGAUGAGUACGGCAACCGCCUACGCAGUGUACGUCUGGCGAAGAAGAUGGCUGAGAAACGUGCGCUGCACGAGGAGGCUCAAAAGGUGAAAGAGCAGCAGCGUGGGUAUUUUGCUCGCGCCGAGGAAGGGACCCGCUCCAUCCGUCGCGCUCUCUUUGACGAAGUCAGCGACAGUGGAAGCGAGGACGCGAGCGAUGACUCCAGUGACGAUGUGACAAAUAUUGCCGUUCUGCAUGGGCCGUGCGGCGUGGGAAAGACGGCGAUUGUUUACCUUGUGGCCGAGAUACUUGGCUAUCGCGUGGUGGAGAUGAACACCUCCGUGCGGCGCUGCCCAAAGAACAUUGACCGUCUCCUGUCGGAGGUCACCCGCAGCCGGCGCCUCAGCGACCUCGCCACUGGAAGGGCAAUGAUCAGCAUUGAAGAAGAGUUGAAGAAGCUGAAGAACGAGCACGCUUCCUCUCUCGCUGCGGCGGCAGCAGCUGCUGCUUCAGCCUCUGCUUCCGCAGUAAAGGAGAAAAAUGGUAAAAACAAGAGGAAGGGCAACGGUAUCUCUGCUGAGGCGGUGGCGGAGUUUUUUCGACCACGCGUAAAGGCAGAAACUUCAGAGGUGGUUAUGGUUGACGCGGAUUCCACCGCUGCGACGGUGGAACCGUCCCAUGAGGUGCGGGUGUUGCAUGCAGCUGUGAAGGAUAGGUAUGGAAAGUGUAAGGGGAAGACAACUGCGAACAUGGAUGCGACGUUGGCAACGGAAGGAGCCCCAGCCUGCGGAAGCCCGGAAGACACCACCCGCACGCUGUUAUUAUUUGAAGACGCGGAUGUCAUUCUUGGUGACGAGGCGAUGAAGCCCUUCUACGCCGCGGUGCGUGACCUGGCGAAGCGCAGCAAGGUGCCUAUUGUCGUGACAAUGUCUUCCACCGCCUCCAUGAGCAGCCGCCCAGCGGCAACCCCAGCGCAAGACGCUGAAACGGUCCAGACUGUGCCCAUGGAUGCCGCGCAGGUUUCGCAUUUAUUUGGGAAGCGAACAGCAUUCACGGCUGUUGAGCCCAUGUCGCGUAGUGCUCUCUUUACGCAGCUGCUUUUGGUGGCGGCGGUGGAGCAGGGACUUGUUGUGGUGCAGCGUGGUGCACCUUUCAGCAGUAACGAAAAAGAUGAAGGCGAUGAGGGCCUACAUCGCGAGACGGCGACGGAGCCUGCGCUUUCAGCUACGUCGCCUGAGUUGGUGCUGGUCAGGGAUGUGGGGAAGUUUCAACGACUUGCCGAUGUCAUACGACGCGAGGUGUAUAAGGACGAUAUGGAGAGACCUUCCCGCCUCCUUUGUAAUACUGCAGACGUGCGAAGAUGGCUUAAUCGUCUGCAAUAUCUUCGGCUGGUGGAGCAAUGGCCAACACCAGCGACAUUGUGUGAUUCUCGUCACGAUAAAUGCGUGGUUGGCGAGGUGUGCAUGCUCUCCACACAGCUUGAGGCGUGGAAUGACGUGAUGGAGGUUGCUGGUAUCCAAAGCCACUGGGAUACUCAGCUUGGCCGUGUACUGCGAGUGCCAGCGUAUGCCGGGGCUACAGCCUCCUCCACAUGGGAAUGGCAGCAGUUUCAAUACGCGGAGGAAAUUGCCGCUGACGCCAAUGUCAAUUGUACGUGGGGUGAUGGUGUUUUUGGGGAAACACAUGGCAGCAGCAGCAACAGCAGCAACAGCGGGGAUGUGGUUCCAAAAACGGAAACUGACGCCUCAGCUGCCACAGGGCUGGCGGAAGUUCUCCAAAGCGUAGUUCCCAAUGAUGGUUUUAUUCGGCCGAAGCAGAGAGGGGGCGUCGAAAUUGUCGAUGCAAUGUGCGGAGGGUGCACGACGACGACACGGGAGCGCAUAGAUGCGUUUGGUGCGUGGUGGCAGCGCACACGGAAGACAGACGCGAUAAAGUCCUUUGUUGUCGCACGCAGCUCAACUGCCUACGAAGAUGUUAUUGGCUUUGGGUGCCUGCUGCAACAGUCUUCCAUCAUGGGGAAGGGACCCAACGGGUGA